AUGAAUAACAAUAAACAUGUAGAUAAAUUCUUAAUUAUUUGGCGAAAUACAUAUUUAAAACAAGAAAUUAUCAAACAUUUAAGAUUAUAUAACAAAUAUGAAAAUUUUGAGGCAUAUUGCAACCAAGAAUUAAUAGCCCAUGCAAAUAGAAACUAUAUUUCAAAACUGGAAUUAAGCUUUGAAAAUGAACUACUACAACCAGAUAUAAUACCAUAUGAACUAAUUCGUUUUAACCAACAAUUAAAUAAAGAAAAUAUUCUUCCAAACUCAAUUACACAUCUAAAUCUGUGCCAUUUUAAUAAGCCACUAGAAAAAGGAAUACUUCCAUCCUCGCUAUUGUUUCUAGAAAUGAAUGCUUUUAAUUUACAGUUAAAGAAAUGUGUUCUUCCACAAAGUAUUACAAGUAUUAAUCUUUUUCAAUUCAACAAAAAUAUUUCAAGCGGUAUAUUUCCCUCCUCAUUAAAACAAGCUUCGCUAUUCAAUUUCAAAAAACAAAUUAAUGAGAAUAUAUUUGGUACAUGUUUAACAUCCCUCGAACUCUCUAGAUACUCCUUUCCCCUUAAUGGGUGUGAGUUUCCCAACUCUAUUAAAAAACUAACCCUAUCAACCUACAACGAACCUUUAUCACAAAACUCAAUUCCUUUUGGUGUCGAACAGCUAGACUUACCUCUUUAUGAUAUACCGAUUAAUAUAGGCCACAUUCCAAACUCGAUCACAGAACUGUCCCUUUUUAGAUUCAAUCAAUCAUUAAUACCAAAUGCUUUCCCACCAUCACUAAAGAAACUCACCUUUACUAUGUUUAAUAAACCACUCAAGUGUCUAAGCACCACAUCCAUCGAUACCCUUAUUCUAGGUGAUUCCUUCAACCAACCAAUUUUUACUGGCGAUUUACCUUUAUCCAUCACAAGUCUAAAGUUUGGAAAAAAAUUUAACCAACCUUUGCUAUUCAAAGGAAUGAUCCCCCCAAAUGUUAAAGAUAUCUAUUUUGGGUCUCAUUAUGAACAAGCAUUCUCUUCCGAUAGUAUUCCCUCAUCAGUCGAAACCAUCAGAUUUCUAAAUAGUAGCAUGGAGAACCUAAUACCAAAUGAUGGUUCAAUAAUAUCAAAAUCAGUUAAACUAAUAUUUAUUAAAUAA